GUUCGAAAAGACGUAAUAUAUAGUCAAAUGGAAAAUUCCAUUCGAGAUUAUUAUUGUCCGUACAUCACAUCUACAACUCACACGACUCAUAUUCGUUGUCGGGGAGAAGCAUUAAUUAUUGAAUUAUCUGCACAUAUAUAAAAAUCAACCGUUCACGAUGGCUCCGAAACUCUCCCUAGAUAUCAUGGCGGAAAUCGCAAAACGCAUGUCGAUCUGGGAUUGCCUUCGAAUGGGAUCCAUGAGCAAGGACAUGAACCAAGCCGUCUUCCCCUGGACUGUAAGAUAUGUUUUCGAGCAUCCGAAUCGAUAUAACUCUUUGGAGCCAAUCCAUUACGCUCUUACAACCGGUAAUGUCCGCUUGUUGAAAACGUUGCGCGACCUAAUCUUGACAGAUACCGUGGUCGGUAACGAAGAGGAAGGCACCAAGAUGCGCUGGGAUGUAUGCAUGAAAGAACUCAUUAACUAUCCUACGAUGGUACAGAUCCUUCAAAUCCCCUCUGGGGGGCGGCAAUGCCUUGAGCUUGUCAUUGAUACAGCUAUCCAAACAGGGACUGUCCAAUCACUCAACAUUUGGAAUGCAUCUGACCCCUCGAUGUUGCUAGGUAAUUCAUUACAGUGCUCGCAUCACCUUUCUAUAGAAAUUAUCCUUAGCCGGCGAGAACAGCUUGGUCUAGGAAACUUUUUGAAUGAGAUGUGCUUCCGAAAUAUCACCGUGUUAAAUGGCUGGCUUUUCGCGCAUCACCUUCCGCGACAAACGAUCGAUUUACUUGUUCGAUUGGUUGGUUUUUCGUUUUAUGACGCCUGUCGACUAGCCUUUGUACGGGCCAUCGAAUAUUUCUUGGCGACUCAGUCUGAUCUGGCAGAACACCCCGGGAGGAUAUUAGAAGGCUACAAUUGCCUACUCGAGUCUCCAUCAUGGUUUUCCAGUCCUCUUUCGCCAGGUAAGCCUAUCGUCAGGUCCAUCAGUUUGCUCCUGAAUUCCUAUACGAAGAUAACCAAAAGUCCUGUCCCCGUCGCAACGGUAAACCUGCUGUUGGACCAAAUGUGGAGAGUCGUUCAUCCGUAUGUAAGACGUCACGGGAAGUUUGGCGUGCGUACAGAUAUAACGCAAGAACAACUAUUACAAGCCAUGACCGAGUCUCUAUCGUGCAGGGUGUGGAGUCAGCUAUUCAAUAUAAUCAUCAACAUGAAUCCUUCUUAUGUAACUAUACCAACUUAUAAUCUGGAUAUAACCCCACGGCUAGGAAAUAUACGCUUUAUCGAACUUGUCCGCCGAGAAAACAUUGCUCUCCCCUUGGUACACGAGUGGACCCAGUCGGACUUGGACAUUAUCUAUACCCCAUGAAAGCCAGUACUGUUCAGGAGAUGGAACAGUAGAUGAUUGAAGGCAUCCAUCAUCUGUUUAGGGGAUCUUAUGCAGAAUAUCUUAUAAAUAGUACCUGUCUUAUACGUAACUUAGGUACCUAGCACAAUCUCUUUAGAUGAAUACUUAGUUUUUUAUAUUUUUUAUAGGACCUUCCCUUUAUGCGUGGUCCUUUCAGUCGCAUAUUCAUACAACGUAACAGUUUUUUUUUUUUUCAAUUACCUAGACCAUG